AUGACGCUUGAAGCCUCAGAAACAACGCAGCCUCGAUAUGUCCCGGGUACUGUUCUUUUGGUAGAUGACACACAUGAGAAAUCUAGGAAACAUGCGACCGGAAAGCACACCGAGAUUGUCCUCAUCCCACCUUCCUCAGAUGAUCCAAAUGACCCUCUAAACUGGUCACAAGCGCGCAAGAAGCAGCAUCUCAUCCUGCUAUGCAUCUAUACAUUCUUCAUGAACGGAUUGAUCAAUUUCUAUGGUGUCGCGUAUGACGGCCUCGCACCAGAUCUGAACACGACUUUCGAUGGUCUGAAUACGGGGAGCGCUAUUCUAUUCCUGUUCAGUGGCGUUGGCGCGGCCUUCUGGCAACCUGUAGCGAUGAAGAUUGGCCGUCGCCCAGUGUAUAUCAUGGGACUUCUGAUCGCCAUGAUCGGCAGUAUCAUUGGAGCUGUUCAAACUAACUGGGGCGUUUGGGUGACGUUUAACGGUCUUGGAUGCGGUCCAAAGGAGGGUCUUCCCCAGAUUUCCUUGCAGGACACUUACUUUGCUCACCAAAUGGGAUCUAAAGUUGGAUACUGGGCCCUUUCGUACAGCGCCGGUGCCUUCGUCGUCCCGCUUGUUGCAGGUUAUGUGUAUGUAGAUUUGAGCUGGCGGUGGUGUUUCUGGAUUACUGCGAUUGGCUUCGCGGCCAUGGCCCUGAUCCUCUUCUUCGGUCUGGAGGAAACGCUGUAUCCUAGAUCGUACAACACACACCAGGCAACACGUCCACAUGACGGAAGCACCGAGCCUCCAUCCGAGAAGGGCUGUACACCUACUCAUACCGGACAUGUCGACCAUGAUAUCAAGAUGAAGUCCUAUUGGCAGACCCAUCCACUGCACUCAUGGGGUGUGAAUCCCAACGAAGCCUGGCGCAAUCUCUUCCUUCGUCCCUACCAACUCGCCUUCUUUCCACCUGUUCUCUGGACAGGUGUAUUUACCGGUGUCUCGAUCUGCUGGUGGGCUGCGAUCUUCACGACUGAGUCCCAGUUCUUCACCGGCCCGCCCUAUCUAUGGAGUGGCGAGAAAGUAGGCCUUACCAACGCCGCCGCCCUUAUCGGUUCCAUUCUAGGCACGAUGUUCGCAGGAAACGUGAGCGACUGGUUCAUCAUCGUUGCCGCGCGUCGUAACAACGGUAUUCGAGAACCAGAGCAUAGACUUAUUCUCCUAGCAGUGACUGCCGUCAUCACCUCUGGCGGUUUAGUCAUGUACGGUAAAGGCGUGGAAGCCGGAGUCCAUUGGAUAUGUCCUGUAUUCGGAAUGGGGUUAAUGGCCUUCGGGUUCACCGCAUCUUCGAUUAUCGGAGAGACGUAUAUCCUCGACUCCUAUCGGGCUGUAGCACCAGAGUCCUUAGUGCUGAUUAAUAUCUUCCGCAAUCUGAUCGGUAUGACAUUCGUAUUCGCAGUGCAACCGUGGCUGAUCCACUCUGGCUACGGGAAUGCCUACAUCCAGAUGAUGGCGAUGGGUCUUAUGGCGCAUUUGACUGUAAUUCCGAUGAUGAUUUGGGGCAAACGGUUGCGCGCGAUGACCGCAGGGCGAUACUUGCGCAUGGUGGAAGCGAGUGGUAUUCCUCGGGAGUUCGCCUGA